GACGGAACCGAGGAGGCCCCGCAUGCCCUUGAGGAUAGUGAUGUUCAAGAGGAAGAGGCUACUGAAGACGACGCCUUCAUCAGGAGUAGGCGUCGGAAGCAGGUACAUGAUGACCUUAUCACUUCGGCUGAAUCAAGUCUUCGCGGAGGAGAUAAUGAUGCCGAUGAAGCUACCGCGCCUCCUCCCGCCAAGAAGAGUUCAACAAGCUUCUUCACAGGCGAAGAUGACCUUGACCUGUGAGUGUCUUUUACUCCCUCUUUGAUUUAUUUCUCAUUAUCUUGCAUGCUAAAUGUGCACUGUUUUUAAGCAGCUCCGAAGAUGAUGAAGACGAAGUCCCUCUUGCGAAGAGGGCCAAAUUUGUUUCUGAGAGAACUGCAACGGCGAAGGAAUCCAACCCCUCUCCCGCAAAAUCGACGCCUCCCUCGCGAACGGUUGUAGAGAAGGUUCCAUUGUCGACAGUUAUACCUCCUGGCGACGUUCCUACUUCAUCGGGGGUCACGAUCAUGUAAGUAUUCAACCUGCUCCGCUUUUACUGAAACUUCCUUUGUAUCGACUGAAUCCUUAUGAUCUUACUUCGCCGCAGCCGAUUUAUGCCGCAGUCGAUGCUGUGGCGGAGUUUGCCGAAGAGUUUACUCGGCUAGAAACCGAAAACUCCCAGCUUCGAAAGACUAUCAGAUCUUCGGCUGACCAAGUGCUUGAGGCCAACAGGCUUGCCACUGACGCCAAGAAUGAAAACGUCUUGUUGAAGGAAGAAAUGAAGAAGCUGAAGCAACGACUGAAGGAUGAGCUAGACGCCAAGCGUGCAGCGGCGGCCGCGAUCGACAGGAAGGAAGGCGCUCUUCGCGAGUCUAUCAAGGAUUUGUUAGGUAAAAUUCAUAGUCCACCAUUUUUCGUUCUUGGUGUUUCUAUCAUCGAUUAUUGAUCUGCCUUCUUUUCAGAUGCUGCUGACUUAACCGUCACCCGACGUCAUCAACUUUGGGAGGACUCUACGGCCGACGCCAUGUCACUUGCCGCCGAGUCCAAUGUCCAAGUACUUACCCUUUUGCAAAAGGCCAAAGGAGCGUUGUCGAGGUUAUACUCGAUGAUCUUACCGAAGAUGAAGGAGGACAAGACUCUCGACGAGAUGGCGACUUCUUUCCUUGUUGACCCUUCCGAGCCAGUGGAGGUAUUGAAACGUUGUAACCGUUUAUUUGGGGCGGUUCUUACUUUCCAACUGCUCAUGGGCCACGGGAUGGGGUCAGACUUGGAGAAGCUGUCCAAGGCGUUGCCUAUCGAUGGCGACAACCAUUUAGUCGACCUUGAACCUUACAAGUGAUCGGCAGUUACUUGUGCCAACUGACUCCUGAAGCUGGUGGAUGAAGCUCAAGCCAAGCCUGCUCCCGAAUCUGUCCCUGGCUCUUCAUCAGCGAACCCUUGAACUUUUCAUUCAACUUGUUGUAAAUAAGAUCAGUUGUAACUUCGUUGCAGUCUGCUUUUAUUUCGGCUCUGUUGCCAAUUUGAACAUGCUUUUGAAUGUAUCACAUAUGCCCAGUGCCCCCGAUGGGAGUUUUUACUUUGAUACUAGUCUGAAUUAAGGAUUGCACUGCAGAUUCCUCCGUCUUCUUCUCGUGCUGAGCUUUUUCCGAAUCCUUCAAAUAAUGAUGAGUCAGGCCUCGUUUGCCGCUUGCGAGACCAAGUGUCUAGUUUGGACAAAGAUAUCACUUCUCUUCGUGCGAUGGCAGCCUUGGUGAAGAGGGGAGAGAUAGCGACAGCUAUCGAACAGUAUGCUCUUGAUGGUCUCCAUGUUGCCACCGAAAGUUUAGUCUUUGUAGCUUCAGAUGUGGCUGAGGAGAACAAAAAGAUUCAUGAAGAGGUUGAGGCAAUGACUGACGUUGCGCACCCGAAUCAUGGUUUGUGGCUGCAUCGUCCGAAGGCUGUCGUCAUGGCGAAGUUUAAGUAUCGGGUGGGAAAGGCGCAUUAUUAUUUUGAUAAGUUCCAUGCUCAUCUCACGAUGGUUUGGAACACCUUGUUUCCUCUGGACCAAGCACCCAAAACCUUAUCUGCCUUGUUCACCCGAUUCAAGUCUCCCGAAAGGAUUCGGCUGUUGGUGCGGAAGGAACUCCUGGCUGGUGCGGAGCUUGCUUUUGCUUCAAUAUUGGCAUGUCAUCCAUCUCUAGAUUUGGGAGCCGUGACGAACACCGAGAGGAGCUUAGGCAAGUAUUAUGAUGCUGCUAGAGGUCCUGCUUACACCAUUGUUUCCCGGAUGGAGUCGUGCCUUGAGAAGGACCUGAAGGCGCAUUGGGACCGGGGAGCUCGACUAUGAAUGUAAUAGCCUU